AGCCACGCGUCACGCGUGGAGUUCAAGUCAAACAGGGCAAGUCAUUGAAACCAACAAACCAACAGCCUAGUUACCGUACCAAAGUUUGCAGCUUACGCACUUCUUCUCAAAGUUUUAAUAGAGUAACUCUUUUUGUUGAUUCUUUGUGGUAUAUGAAGCUUUACAUCGCUUUAUAUUCUGCGUCGUGCAAUACAAAGAAGACAGGAAAUGAAUGUCGAUUUACCUGAGUUCAAUGGUUAUGCAAUGGAACCUAUUGAAGAACCUGUGACAUGCAUGUUGAAUAAACAUAGAAAACAAGGAAUACUGAAGUUUAUCGGUGAAACCUCGUUUAGUUCAGGUGUUUGGUGCGGUAUAGAGCUAAGUGAACCGUGUGGAAAAAACGACGGCUCCGUUGCUGGUGUUCGCUACUUUUACUGUAAAAAACAGCAUGGAAUAUUUGUAAAUCCUAAGAACGUCUUCCCUCUUGAAAAAAAAGAUGAAAGUAAAGUGGGCAGAAGGUGGACAGAAUCAUCUGUAGAUAGUGAAAAACCUGACCUUAAUUUGGACCAACAAGGGAGACCUCGAUCAAAAUCAGAUGCAGUAACAAAUAACUACAAUUUAUUUUGCGAGAGUCCGUUUAGUAUUCAGAGCAAGAAAUCUGCUUCUUUAACCAAGUUAAACAUGACUUACACAUGCUCUUCACCAGUCUUCGCGCAAAACUUAGACAACAUUGACUCAGGUGACAUAAAACAUUCGUCUCCCUUUGAUGUCACCCCUUUCGAAGAGGGAAGUAACAUGGAAGAGGAAGAAAAAACGAAUAUAAUCUGUAAUCUUGAAGAGAUAAAAACAAAAGAAAACGAGGAGUCUCUUCACGUCCCUUUUGAGAAUUUGUUACCUGCAGUUGAAGUGAAAAAAAACAUAAAGUUAGGCAGUAUGAAUGCAAAUAAAUUUUUGAAAACAUGUAAAAACAAGAUUCAAGCCCAUUUACAACUAAAGAACAAGAUUCAAGUGCAUUUACAAAUAAAGAACAGGGUUCAAGCAUCGUAGCAACAAGCGA